AUGGCGUUUGGCGGCAGGACCUGGAGAUGUCUGUUCCUGGGCUGGCUGCUGGGCCUCAUGGGCCUCCAGCAGAGGUGCAUGCAGACUUCCCGGGAGGUCGCAGAGGCGAUGGGUCUGCGACGGAUCUUCUACAUCAAUCUGGCGCGGCGUGAUUUGCGGCGAAGACGCUUUGAGGAGCAAGCCGAGGCCUUGGGCCUUGGGUCGUUGAUCUCAAGGUUUCCGGCGGUGGAUGGGCAGACCUUGGACCUCCAUCGGUAUCCCCGCAGCGUGGUCUCCGCGGAGGGCAUCGCGAAGGCCUCUCAGCCGCCGGACGUGGUGAAUGGUGUCCAGCUCACGCGUGGUGCGCUGGGCCUCAUCCUCUCCUAUCACACACUGCUGAAGCGUAUUGCGGAAGGGGAUCAGGAGAGCGUCUACCUCGUCGCCGAGGACGAUGCGGUCUUUGCUGCCGACCUGUUGGAGCGGUUGAGGGCCGCGGUGCAGGCGCUGCAGAGGGAGGACGCCAGGUGGGAGUUUCUACACGUGGGCUACUACGAUGACGAUUGCUCCCUGGCGCCUUUGGCCAGCGAGGCCAGGCUUUACCUUUGCCGUCCCAUUCAGGUCUACGGGCUUUUUGGUGCGGUGCUCCGGCCCGCGGGCGCGCGCCGGCUGUUGGAGGUUUUGUUUGGUGGCCGCAUCUAUUUGCAGCUUUCCUUUUAUUUUCUCGCCCCCAUGGCGAAACUAUGCUAUCACUUCAGCUUCAUUGACGAGGAGUCGGAGUCCACAUCAAUGCUUGGCAUGAAGCGGGCCCAAAGCUGCAAAAUCCCGGAGCAUGGCCUGGAGCGGGUUGACUGGCAGAGUCAGAUGCAGGUGCGGACGUUGCACGCACGGUCCCAGCAUGUGGCUGAUCAGACGCAGGCCAUGCUGGAGUUUCCGAAGCCAGGUGCCUCGUACGGCAGCCAUGGGCAUCCACACCUUUGCCGCCGGCCGUGCAUCCUUUUUCUGCGUGGAAAUUGCCAGGAGGGUGCUGAGUGUGGCUACUGCCAUGCUUCACAUCCACAGCGAGCAGCGACCUUUGACAGACACCAGCGGAGGAUUUUGAUCUCUUGGUCUAAGGUGCAGUUGCUUGAAGUGGUGCUUCCUUAUUUCCGGGAAAGGGUGGAGGGGAUCAAUCAUCCAGGAACAGCAGUUCUGUUGGAGUUGGUGGAACGCGAACUGGCCAUUCGUGACCCCGGUCAUCAUAGUGUCGUGGUGGAGGUCCCGCGCCUCAUCCACCACACGCUUGCUGGCAUGACUUUGUCUGCUUUGGUGGGCGUUAUUUGCUCCAAGAAUGGCAACCUGCCUUUCGCUCGGCUUUUGGAGAAAGCUUUGGUAGACCUUCGUCAGCAGGUCGGAGGCAUUGAUGGAUCGACGGGAUGA